CGAAGGGAAGAGCAGAGCAGAGAGGCUCAGGAGCUGCUCCUGGGAAGGCGGGAGAGAAGGAAGGGGGCCGGCUGGCUACCCAAAGCCCCUCUCAGCCGGACAGGCAAACAGCCUUGCCCCCCUCCUCCUGCUCCUCGGCCUCAGGGAGCUGCCAGCAUGUUCCUGCGGAGCGCUCGCAAGCGCCUGGCCGGCUCCAGAUCCUUGACUGCCUUGGGGGAGCUGGAAAGAGAGCGGCCUUGCAACAGGUGCGGUGACCAUUGUCCAGGCUUUGCACUGCACAAAUGGAGGAAGAUUUGCCGGCACUGUAAGUGCCCACAGGCAGAGCACUUUGAAACCGUGAUGCCUCUGGAAAUGGAGAAGACUGUGACCAAGAUGAUGUUUGACUUCCAGCGAAAUUCAACUUCUGAUGAUGACUCGGGUUGUGCCUUGGAAGAGUAUGCUUGGGUACCUCCUGGGCUGAAACCAGAACAGGUUCAUCAGUACUACAGCUGCCUACCAGAAGACAAAGUGCCCUACGUGAACAGCCCUGGGGAGAAAGCCCGUAUCAAACAGCUUCUUCACCAGCUGCCGCCGCACGACAAUGAGGUACGAUAUUGCAACUCAUUGGACGAGGAAGAGAAAAGAGAGCUCAAACUCUUCAGCAAUCAGAGGAAAAGGGAGAACCUAGGCAGAGGCAAUGUUCGGCCAUUCCCAGUCACCAUGACAGGAGCAAUUUGUGAGCAGGUAGGGAAUGUCAACCAUUGUUUGCUUAUCAUAGGCAAAUUCACGACUAGUUUGUUCUACUCCUGCCAUGACCCCAGUAUCUACGUCAUAACAAAAACUAACAAAGACCUACAUUUUUCUCUUUCUCUCUCUUUUUCCUUUCAACAGAUAAUCUUUGCUGAUGAGUGCACAGAGGCUGAGGGAAGACACUGGCACAUGAAGCACUUCUGCUGUUUUGAAUGUGAAACAGUGCUGGGUGGCCAGCGUUAUAUCAUGAAGGAAGGGCGGCCAUAUUGCUGCAACUGCUUUGAAUCCUUAUAUGCGGAGUAUUGUGAUACCUGUGCUCAACACAUUGGAAUUGAUCAGGGUCAGAUGACCUACGAUGGCCAACACUGGCAUGCAACUGAGACCUGCUUUUGUUGUGCUCAGUGCAAGAAAUCACUCCUUGGGCGGCCAUUCCUGCCCAAGCAAGGGCAGAUCUUCUGUUCUAGAGCAUGCAGUAUGGGUGAUGACCCAAAUGGCUCCGAUUCAUCUGACUCUGCUUUCCAAAGUGCGAGAGCCAAAGAAUCCCGACGUAGUGCCAAGAUUGGCAAGAACAGGAACAAAGGAGAGGAGAACUCUGUCAGCCAGAGCAGCCAACUGCAGGUGACCUCCAGCAGGCUCUCUGCAGAUGUGGACCCACUCUCCUUGCAGAUGGACUUGCUGAGCUUAUCCAGCCAAACUCCAAGCCUAAACAGGGACCAAAUAUGGAGGAGCAGAGAUGAGCUCUACCACUACAACAAAAUGGAACCAAGCCAAUCACAAAGCCCCUUGCAGAUGCUCAGCCAGUGUAAUAUUAGAACUUCUUACAAUGCAGGGCAAACUCCAAGUGCUCAACAGGAACUAUGGGGUAAACAUUUCAGUAACCCAAAAAGAAGUUCCUCCUUGGCCAUGAAAGGACAUGGUGGUAGUUUCAUCCAAGAGUGCCGAGAAGAUUAUUAUUCAGGAAGGCUACCAUCGCAGGAGAGCUACAGUGACAUGUCCAACCAGAGCUUCACUGACACCAGAGGGAGUUACAAGGUCUCCAAGUAUGACCAAGAGGAAGACAGCGGUAUGUCUGCACAGCAUUGUCGAACCAGGCAUCCAAUCAAUGCCUUGAAGUUCACUGAGGAAUUGACACCCACAGAGCAAACUCCACGGGGUUCAAUGGAGUCCCUUGCUCUUUCCAAUGCCACAGGGCUGUCUGCGGAUGGUGGCGCCAAGCGCCAAGAGCAUCUCUCUCGUUUUUCCAUGCCUGACCUAAGUAAAGAUUCUGGAAUGAAUGUGUCAGAGAAGAUGAGUAAUAUGGGAACACUAAAUUCAUCCAUCCAGUUCAGAAGUGCAGAGUCUGUUCGUAGCUUAUUAUCUGUUCAACAGUACCAGGAUAUGGAAGCCAACCUUCAUGAUCUCGCCAAUCCGAUUGGUUACAGAGACACACCAUCCCGUGGAAGGAUGCACCAGAGCUUUGACUAUGAUGGGGGAAUGCCAGGGAACAAAUUGGCUGCACAAGAAGGCGCCAGACAUCCCCCCAUGAGUGAGCGAACUCCCAGGCGAACUAAUCUCCGAGAUGAUGAUCGACAUUACCGCCCCCAUAGGCCUCGGCGGUCAAGGCGCUCCCGCUCAGACAAUGCCCUACACCUCACCAGCGAGCAGAGCUAUAAGUUGAAAGAGAGGCCCUCUCUACGAGCUCGAGAGGAUUACGAUCAGUUCUUGCAGCAGAGAGGUUGUAGGGAAAAUGUAGAGCAAGGUACACGAAGAAAUCUCUAUGGUCAGUGCCCAAGGACUGUGUCAGACCUUGCUUUGCAAAACCACUUUAGUGAGCGAUGGGGACCCUACUUUGCUGAAUAUGAUUGGUGUUCUACAUGUUCCUCCUCCUCUGAAUCUGACAAUGAAGGCUAUUUCCUUGGGGAGCCGAUCCCUCAACCCAGCCGUCUCCAGUAUGUUGCCGGCGAAGACCUCCUUCACAAAUACGGUUCAUACAGCAUGCCUAAGUCUUCCACGCUAGGUGGUCGAGGACAGUUACACAGCCGCAAAAGACAAAAGAGCAAAAACUGUAUAAUAGCAUAACCAUGUUUUACCCAAGCACAGUGUUGGAGAAUGUAAUUACUUCAUCAACUUGCACUGUUGUAGGUCAUAAAGCGCUUUUUAUUGUAACGAAACAUCAUGGCAAGCAAGGAUCUGUAAGAAGGUCAUAGACAAAAGAUCUAUAAAUAGUCAUAAUUGUUGGCAUGGUGAAUAUAUUUUGCACAUUUUAUUGGGGGGACAAGAGGGGAGGGAUCAAAUUUAUUUUAGCAUGUAAUAGUUAAAAGUUUAUCUCCUUCCUACAUAAUACCCAGUUCACCCACCACCCACAUAAUACCCAGUUCACCCAUCUGUUUUUAGUUGCCAUUGUUUUCUAUAACCAGCAGUUAGCUCUCUCUUCUUUUUUGCUUUUCAUUUUCAUCAUUUUCUUUUACUAUUCUUCAGCCAGAUUGAAAGGAAACCUAAGUUAUUUCCAUGAUUGUUUUGAAAAUGCAAAAGUAAAUGAGACUUUGAAGAAAAUAUUUUUGUAUUUUGUAAUAUCUGAGGAAUGUUUAUACCUAAGGAGUCACUGGGAAAGCAAUGCACAUUUGUCAUACUUUUUGGCCAGAGCUUCAGAACCUUUUUGUUUUGUUUUGUUUUAUUUUAUGUUUUAUUUUAUUUGCCAUCAAAAAAAAUUCUGGAUCAGCAAGCCUUUUCUUUUUGCACCUGCUUAAAACAAAAAAAAGCCCUUAUAAAAAUUAAUUAGCUCUUGAGGAAGCUACAGGGUGCUUUUGGAUUCUACUAACACCUUCAUUUUAUGUUACUCUAUAAAACAAAUACAGGCAUCUAUCACUGAAAUGAAAUGAAAGCAAUUUUUCCCCUUUUCUAUAUGCCUAAAUCAAUUUGCUAUUCCCAAGUAGAGUAGACCUAUUAGAUUGAUUACUGAAUGGUAAGUCAACACUUAUGUAAAUCCCAUUGAAUCAAUUGGUCUGCGCUAGUAGGGAUUGGCAGUUGGAUUAAGCACAAAGUUUUAUACAGGUUAAAGAUCUGAGAGGAAGGUUUACAUCUCUUUAGAGAGGGCCAAAGUCACUAAAAUUUCAACUACUUUUUUGGGGGGGUAAGCCAAAACAAUUGUAAGUGGUACAGUCAUGUGGUGUCAGCAUGAACUUGUUUUGAGUAUAGAAUUGUUUUCUGGUGCUCUAGUUUCCUGGCAUUUGUUAACUGCUAUUCAUUACUGAGAGGUAACUUCAACACUGCCUUCUUCUGAAAUUCAUAAUGAAAUGAAUACAUCCUAAUCAUAUCAGACAUAAAGUCUACCCAUGGGAGAUAAAUACUUCAAACCCAUUACAAAGGCAGUUUGAAGGGUUUGUCCUCAGGGUAGAAUGGAGCCUAUUCUUUGGAAGUAGAACAAAGCAACAAAAGCUUCAACAUGGGUAGUUAUAUACAUAGGACUCAAAGUGUAUUGUGUGCUAUGGUCGAUGUGAGUUUUUUUCCUCUCUCUCUCUCUCUCUCUCUCUUUUUCUCUGUAUGCUUUAAACAACUGGGACAUCAAGAUAUGUUCUAUAUUGUUUCCAGAUGAGACAGUGGGAAAGAAGAAAAUUCUUUUGUUUUGGUUGUACUUUUUUUUACUUAUAGGGCUGCAAAUUGGGUGUCAGUAGUCUCCAGCUAGGUAGGAACUUGCCAAUUUACAACACCUGUGUAUGGUUCUCUCAAGAGUUUGGAGGACUCUAUUAGGAAAAACUCCAUUGGAAUAGAUGACAAAAUGCAAAUUGAUGUGGAUGGGAUUUUUUAAAAAAAGGUGCAGAGGUCCUGACUCUUCAGUUGGACCCAAGAAACUGUAACAUUGGACACGAUCCAGCUCUGCUGCGGUCAGGCUUUGGAACAAUAUGUGUGUAUCCUGGGGGAACAGACACUGUUGCUUAUUGAAAUACAACGGCACGGAAGAAAAAUUCUGGUACGGAUGUAUCCAUAGCACAGUUAGGAAUGUUUUUUGUGCAUAAGGAGAAUGUGAUAACUAUGAUUUUGCCCAAAAAAAUAAAGAAGGAAAAAAGAAAAACAUGAUUUAUAAAAUGAAUGUCUUUUUCAGAUUGCACUGAAAACAUAGAAAACUGGUUUUGUGUGUUUCCACACUGAGCUCUGUGCACUUUUGAUUCCAUUAAGACAUCUAUAUUUUAUUUCCUUAAAACAUGCUUCAUGUUUCCUGGCAUGCAGCACGCGCAUGCAUACACACCACGUACCUGCUUAGUAUGCACAUGGAACUCUCACAACAGCACAAUCCCAAAGGCAUUUCAGCACAAAGGGAAUAUUGUACACAAAGCUUCCCACACUAAUAAGGAAGCUGGGAAGCUCUUUGGAUUCCCAUGUGCACCUCAUAGGCACAACAAAUGUCGUAUAAAUGCUUCCAUCCCUUCCUUCCAUCUGCCUCACUCACUCCAGUCCCAGCUUAAAUUUAAUUACUCUAUAAAUGGCUAGAUUUUGAAUACACACACACACACACACACACACACACAAUAUUAAAAAGCAUGCCCCUGAAUUGUUCUAGAUGUGUGAAUGUAGCCCCCAGCCUUACCACAGUUGCCCACCCUGGCUUAUAGGGAUAAGGGUUCACAUUAUCUUAAGUCCUCAUGUGGCUUGUUACUUACCAUGGAUGCCAUGUAUAUUGUUGUCGUCGUCAUCACCGCCAUCAAGUCAU